GGGCUGCCGGGGGUUACUUUUGAGACACAGCUAGCAAAGUGUCCGGCUUGAAUGCUCCACUUUUAAAUCCUCCUCCGACUGCAACCGGCAAAUCUCACCGAUCGAGCAGUUCAAGUUUUAUAAUAAUGGAAGCAAUAAGACCUGUCUCCAAGGAACAUUAUAAAGCAGGCAUGCUGCUCAGUGGUGUAGGAGAUGCGAUGGGAUACAGGAAUGGGCUGUGGGAAUUUAACAAAUCCGGUCCUGCCAUCCACAAGGAACUGCAAAACCUCGGAGGACUGAAAAAGAUCUGUGUGAAGCUUCCUGAUUGGCCUGUUAGUGACGACACAGUGCUUCACCUGGCAACUGCUGAAGCUCUAGCAACAGGUAAAGAAGGUGAGGCGUUACUUCAUGAGGUUGCGUUGCGUUAUGUGGAGGCAAUGAAGGACAUGGACAACAGGGCGCCAGGACAUGCAUGCAUUCUGGGGGCUUCACAGUUGCGUCCGGGCACUGAAGGGGGUUACAGGGUCCCCUACAAUCCAAGGGGCGCAGGGUGUGGGGCAGCUAUGAGGUCCAUGUGCAUCGGCCUUAGAUACCCUAAUACUGAGCAGCUGUCCUCACUGGUUGCGGUUGCUGUGGAGACUGGACGAAUGACUCAUAAUCAUCCAACCGGAUUUCUCGGAGCUGUGGCUGCAGCUUUGUUCGCUGCCUAUGCGGUCCAGCGCAGACCAGUCAUGAGCUGGGGUUUGGGUUUGUUGGAGGAAGCUUGUCCUGUAGCAAAGCAGUAUGUACAGACUGCAGGAUAUGCUGUUGGUGAGACAGAGAAAGACUGGGGCUACUUUACUGAAAAAUGGAAAUGGUAUUUGGAUCUCCGGGGAUUGUCUUCUGGUACUGGUCCAGUUGUCUGGCCUGAACCAUAUGGUUUAGCUGAACGAGACGGGGCCUACAAGAGCUUCAGCUUUUCUGGUUGUGCGGGUAGCUGUGGUCACGAUGCUCCAAUGAUAGCUCUGGAUGCUCUGUUGGGGGCGGGGUCAGACUGGGAGGAGCUAAUGAGUCGAGCAGCAUUUCAUGGAGGAGAUAGUGACAGCACCGCAGUGAUCGCCUGCUGCUGUUGGGGUCUGCUGUACGGGACAGGGGGAGUGCCAAUGUCUAACUAUAGUAAGCUGGAGUACAGGGUCCGACUGAAGAGCGCGGCUAAAAAACUUUAUGCUCUUUCGAGAAGAAACUAACACACAGUAAAAUACGCCUCAUAUAAACACAGAAAAAGAUGUCAUUAAAAUAAUUAGGGUUUUUAACUAAUUUAGUAAAUUGAGGUUUGUCAGUGUUUAGAACAGUUUAACUACUUUUUAAGCAAACUUGAAUGCUUUUACAUUUGUAAGGUGCGUUCACACACACAACAAUUAAUCUGAAAGAGAUUGCAAAGCCGCUGUACAUUAUCCAAUUGUAUGAGGUAUAAAAUCAUGUUUGCUGCAUCACAGUGUAUUUGCAUAAUGUUGAACCAGUGUUAUUUUCAUUUACAAAACUAAAGUCAGUUUUAUUUGUAUAGCACAUUUCACAACAUAAUUUCAAAGCAGCUUUAUAGAAAAUUAUGCUUUAAGACAUUACCUAUAUUACAGCUUAUUUUUCUGUUAGAGUCAUAAUAGUGAAGUUUAUUAAAAAAAACAUGAUUGUAAAUUGUGCCUUAAAAUAAAUCAAGUAGUAUAAAUAAGUAAAUAAUAUUUGUAUUUAGACCCCUGAAGGCGAAAAAACUUUAUAUGAAAAACAAAUUUUCUUUAACUGAAAUAAAAACAUGAUGGGGAAAAAGCUGAAACUUAACUAAAAUAUGUUUCAUAAAUCCAAAACUAACUCAAAUAAAAUAAAAAUGACCUCAAAUAAAUUUUAUCUUUAGAUUUUGAUACUCAAUACAUUAUAAAAUUAGAAAUGUGUUGAUAUUAAGUCAAAGUGGGAGUUUUGACUAAUUGAAAGAACUAGUCUCUCCACAUUGGUUGCGUAUUCAUUGCAAUGGGCAUUAAAUCUCUUAAACUCUCAUCCUCCACAAUAUUAAUAUUAAUUCAUCUUCUGGUGGACUGUGGCUAUCCGCAUUCCUACAGCAGUCGUGAAGCUGCGUUCAUGAUUUGUGUCAGAGCGUCAAUGCCAGAGCCAAGCGCCAUGUUGAACUCCAUGGGGAAAAGUGCUUACAGACAAACAUGUCUAAUUCUUUUUUUUGUGAUAGUUAAGAUUUGACAUGCUUGUAUGUUAAUUAAAAUAAGAAUAAAUUCAAUAAAACUAAUUGAUUUCUGUCACAA